AUGUACCCCAACUACCAACACAACUUCCCACGAAUCACCGAUACUGUCCAGAAUCCGACAGGAUCGCAAUACCACCAAGCCUGGAAUAACCAUACGCAUAAUAAUGGGCAGUACGGUGGCCAGGACUACACGCAAUACGCAACUAACCAGUAUUGGUCUGGUUAUAUGAAUAACUUCAACCCGCCUGCAUACAAUCCUCCGCCGUCAGAAAUCCCCUUUGAGCAAAUCAAACCAGAUAAUAUCAAAGUAACUCUUCAAGAUGAAAAACUGUGGAAUUCCUUCCAUGAAUUGGAUAAUGAGAUGGUCACUCUACCCACUGGACGAGUAAUCUUUCCAUGCCUCUCCUACAUCAUCUCCGGUCUUCCACAGCCUGCAAUGUACAUUUUCGGUUUGAAGCUCCGAAGGCUGAACAAGAAUACACUGGAAUACAAAAGUGGCAAAUGGAAAGAAAUCGGGAAAAGUGUGAAGACAGAUUUGGAGAGUAAUGAGAUAUUCACAACGUCAGAAGAAGGGAAAAUUGUAUUUAAAAACGCCAAGAUUCAUACAAUCAGAAAAAAAGAUAAUGCGAAAAGAAAGGAAAAUGAAAAAUCAACAAAGAGAAAGAGAAGAGCUCAGCUCCUUGUCACUAGCCACUGUCGGUACAUCCCAGUGCUUUCAGUAUACUACGAACAAUCACAACAUUCCAAAAAACUUCUGAAGACAUUCGAGAUCGAUGAGACUCAGUUCGUUGCAUUGACAUCUUAUAAAAAUGAUGCAGUUAGGAAGAUGAAGACAAAUCUGAAUCCAUUUGCUAGACCGGAUUAUAAGAAGGAAAUUGCCAAGAAUUCGGACGAGUCAUUGGUGAAUUCUACAUUGGAUUCUGGAAUAUCGUCGAUGGAUAACACAAUUUCUUCUUCAGCUUCAAGUGAUAUGUCGCCAAAUGCUCCGAAACGGACAAAAUCUGGUGUCAAAAAGCUCAGCACCUCGACUGACGGAUCAUCCACUUCAUAUCAGUUCAAUGGAUCGAUCUGGAAUUCAUCGAUGAAUUCAGGACCGCCCUACUUGCCGGAGUCAAACGAAAACAGUUUCACGAACUCUUCAUCAUCAGCUGCAGAAAGUUCUGCAAUUAUUGGAAUCACUGAAAUUCAUCCACUACAGGAAAACUCAUGGCAAUCAACACAUCCUAAUGCCCCGGCUUCUCCAUGGACACCAAUCGUCCCAGGACAACUGAAUCAACCAUGGAUGGAUAACAGUUCAAGUCUAGAUUUUGGACAGAAUCACAACUAUCAGUUUUGA